AUGUUCAAAGCCACCUUCCACUUGUACGUCGAAAUCUGGUUUGUCAGGUUCAUCGCCUUGUGGUCGGUCAGCGAGUACAACAGCCAAACGCCAAUCAGCAAAGAGUGGAUCGCGCUCAAACGGAAGGUUCUGGACGCGGUUUCUCGAGCCGAGGACGAGGACGUGGUCGAUGGCCAGGAAGAGGCGGUCGAGGCGGAAACCGUGGUUCCGGAGGAGGCUUUCGAGGAAACCGCGGAGGUUAUCAAGGACGUGGGGGAUGGUGGCCGAACGUUUGGCAAGGACCACAAGGAUGGUGGCAACAAGGCGGCCCAUCCCAAGGACAAUUCCUGCCGCAGAAUCAAUGGCAGCAGAAUCAAGGCGAGAAACGCCACUUACCAUGUCACGGAUGAUCUAGAAUAUCCGGAGGUGUAUGUCGAGCCCACCCCGCAACAAAGCCAGCGCAACCGCGGAAACGGAAUCUGGAACUUCACAACGAUCUGCACGAUAGUGGCAUUGAUCUGUUUCCCGGUCGUGAGCGGACUGACAGCGGUGAACUGCUUGAAGACGGCGAAUCCAAGGCUGAUCAACCUGCCGGAUCUAUCAGAUUGCUCCCUAAGCCAUCAAGGAGUUCGAUGGACGGCGAAAGUCUACGAACGGAACGAGAACUUCAAGAAAGUUCCAAGCUUUCACUGCUCGGUGGAGCAAGUGAGGGCUUGCCGUCGAGCGUACUUGGGGAUAUUUGAAAGCGGAGAAGCCACCCCCAGUGUUCCGGAUGAGAUCUCAGCCGAACAAUGUCGCCACGCAGUGGAAAAAGGAACUAUCGAAAACAGGAAAUUGAUUGGACGGUCACAACAUUUUUGGUCUACGGAUCAAGAUGACUCACCUACGACACCUUGGUGGGGAGAGCGAUGCGUAGAAGUCCGACGCUUUGAGGUCACCGAAGGGGAAGCUUAUCGCGGUCAAGAUGAGAUCAUAUUGACCAUAACGCCUGGUCUAGCCCCAUUGGACAAGAACGAGAUCCGACUUUACAACGGAAUCACCGUCUGGGGAGACCUGAGCGAGACGAAAUGUGACUACAAAUUCAUCAAGCUCGCUGAUGUAUUAACGGAUUAUUCCCGAGUCUAUCUUCAAGAAUUGGGAUGGAUAGAUGGGCUAACAUCUGAAGAGCCCGUCAAAAAAUGCGAGCAAAUCGGGUAUGAAACAUCCGGAGGACUCUUUAUAGUCCGGGAAAAUGGCAAACAGAAGCGAGAGGCGCCCCCAAACGGCAAAGCGAUUGCACUCCCGCAAAUCGCCUUCGAAUACAACCCACUUCUCGACCCCGAAUUUGAUUUAAAAAAUCAGUCGGCGAUAUUGAUCAGAAUGCAAAAAGCCCUGCAUCGUAUUGGAAACCAAGUGGAGCAAGUGAAUGGGUCUACGUUCUACAGGAUCAGUCGGGCCUGGCAACAAAUUGAAGCAUGGAAUAAGACGUGGAUCGAGAAAGGUAUGGAUCUGGCGGGAGCAAAAAUCGAUUCGAUGAGGUUAGAAUUAGCCGAUUUUUACAACUACCAAAAGAACCAGAAUGUGGUUGGUAGGCUGCGAGAAUUAGAACGGAAAGUGGAGGACGCCAGGAUCCAGGCGAAUACUCCAGCACCCGAAACGAUCACGACGACAAUAUCCAGCAAAUUGGCAAGCGAAGAGGCGACACGCGCAAAAACGCUCAGAGACAUCAUCCAAAGGCUGGAGAAAUUGGAGGCUAAGGAAGACCCGAUCCCUCCAAACACAGCUGGUUUGGAACUCAAACUCAAGGAGAUGAUGAAACGGCUGCAGGAUCAGAAGACGGUUGAUGACAACCUCAAGGAGCUUAUUCAGGAGUUAAGGGAGCAACUCGAUCUGUUAGCGACACCGGAGCCUCAGGCAAGCAUCCAUGAUCCGUUUGAAGUCGAAUGUAACCGACAGGCAGAGGAACUUCGCUAUUGGAAACUUCAAUUAGCCGUGAAUCCGACAUAUGCGUCGCGGAAACUGCUUGGGAAAGCAAAUUUGUUGGCCCAAAUGAUCGAUGAAAACCGGUUCAUCGUGAGUGAGUGCCAAACCAUCGAGCUCACCGAAUCCAUGGUAAUUAAAACCCAACGGGUAGAAGAACGGUGUUUCGCGGAAGUCCCAAUCAAGCAUGAAGGCGAAAUUAAAUUCCUGAAAGUACCGGAAAUGGAUAUCGUUCCGAACGGCACAGAGAUCAGUUGCCGCGGAAUGAGGAUCGCACCAGCCGUAUUGUAUAUGGACUUCAAAGCAAACAAUGCCAAGAAACCACUGGGAAAUUCAAAUCUCGGAAAGCGAAUGGCACGGCAAAGCCUAUCCGAUGGUCCGAGAAAAUGGGUAAACACCCCGAUCCAGUGGAUGAAGGACAUUCAAUCGAAAUACCGGCAAACUACGGAUGGAGCAGGCGACCUGAUUGACGAAGUCAAGAAUUAUACCAGGACUGUCGCUGACAAGGCCAAAGACACCGCAGGACAAGCAAUGGAGAAAGGCAAAGUGGUGCUCAAGGACGCUCUAGCGGAAGUCAAAAGUUGGGCGUUAAAAAUAGUCCUCUGGGUAGGAAUCCCUUUGCUCGUGGUCUUGGCCUUCGUCGCCUUCGCCGUGUUUUACUUUAAAAUCUAUUUAAUCCAGACCUCGACGAAAUCGCUGACAGGAAUCGUGCGCAGCAUCUUACCUCAACACACUAAUGCGCUAAGCGCCGACGAGCUACAAACCAUGCCGUUGGACCAAAUCAGCGCAGUCAUCAGUCGAGAACCGGAAGUGAAGAUCGAGCCUAAAGCAUGGCAGCCACAUGGCAACGUCUGGCUACCACCGUCGCAA